AUGGAUCACCGUUUAUUGUACCCAUUUCCUUCUCUUGUGUAUUUCUCUAAAAUGAUGAUAGCAUUUCAGCUGUAUAAUCAUUUGCUUCUUGUUUAUAUUUCUUCCUCAGUUGAUUUAGUGAAGCCCGGUACUACUCUCAUCCUUCGAAAUGCGAAGAUUGAUAUGUUCAAGGGAACUAUGAGGCUGACUGUAGACAAAUGGGGUCGUAUUGAGGUCACCAAACCUGCCACAAUUGUGGUUAAAGAAGAUAACAAUCUCUCGAUCGUUGAGUAUGAGUUGGUGAAUGUUGUGGAAGAGUGA